AUGGUUUGUUCACAUAUAUUAAGUAACGUUGAUUCAAUUGAAUCAAAAGUCCCCGUAAAUACCGUGGUUUACAAAGAUGAUUGUAUGUAUAACUUUGAUACCGCAGAAAAUAAUGAAUUGGGGUUAGAUGUUUGUCUUAAAUGUUUCCAAUCUUAUAGUAGAGGUGAUUAUGACUAUACAUCAGAACAUUGUAAAGAUUCAUCCCAUUCUACAUUUUUGAAUGUGGUCAAAAGGUUAAAGCCAGUAGAUGAAAAAGAUAUUGAAGAAAGACAGAAUAAAAUGGCUAAGUUGGAAAUCAAAGAAUUCAAAGAAGAAGAAGUGUACGAUAUCAAGUAUAAUAUUUAUUGUUCAAUCGACAACGAAACGUUUAAACUUGAAGAAGUUCCUGAUAAAUAUCAACAAUUGAGUGAUAGUGUUAUUAAAAGUAAUUCAAGUUCUCGUCAAGAAGAUAUCAAGGCUUGGGAACAAGAGAUCUUACCUUGUGAACAUUCUAUUGAGAUCCAACAAUUCAAGAGUAAUGUUGAUUUAUCUAAAUGUACUCAAUGUGAAUUGAAGGAGAAUUUAUGGAUUUGUUUACAUUGUGGAGCUUUGGGAUGUGGAAGAGAACAAUUUGGUUCAAAUACUCCAGGUAACUCUCAUGCAUUGAAACAUUAUGAGAUGUCUCAACAUCCUGUAGCAGUCAAAUUAGGUUCUUUAUCAGCAGAUGAUAUAGAUAACUAUGAUGCCUAUUGUUAUCAAUGUAAUGAUGAAGUGAAGAUUCCAAAUUUACUCCAGUAUUUGAAAACCUUUGAUAUCGAUUUGCAAAAAGCUGUUAAGACUGAAAAGAACUUAAUUGAAUUGAAUUUAGAUCAAAAUUUGAAUUGGGAAUUCCAAUUAGAUGGUGCUAAUGGAGAGAAAUUAAAACCCAUUUUUGGUGGGAAUUUUACAGGUUUAAGUAAUUUAGGUAAUUCCUGUUAUUUGAAUUCAGUAGUUCAAGGUUUAUUUGAUCUUGAUGCUUAUCAGCAAUAUUUCAAAGAUAAACAAUUUCCUACAUACCAACAAAUAUCAAACCCAUCGAAAGAUUUAAAGAGUCAAAUGUUGAAGAUUUAUAAUGGAUUAAGUAGUGGGAAAUAUUCCAAACCUAAUGUUUUAAAAGGAGAUGAUUAUCAAUUAGGUAUAAAACCAACAAUGUUCAAAUCAUUAAUAGGUGAAGAACACCCAGAAUUCAAAACCAAUAAACAGCAAGAUGCUUUUGAGUUCUUAAUUUAUCUUUUGGAUAAGUUGGAUAGUGAAUAUGGGUACGAUUUAAACAAAUCUUUCAAAUCCAUACUUACAAGUAAAGUUUUAUGUUCAAAUUGUUUCAAAGGAAGUGCCCGCGAUGAUUUGGUUGAUAACUUAUCAUUGAACAUCGAAGAUGAAGUAUUAAAGAUUGAAGAAGGUCAAAAAACCUAUAAAGAAGUCGAAUUGAUUGAUAGUUUCAAACAAUAUUGUGAAGAUGAGAUAAUUGAAGGAUUUAAAUGUGAAAAAUGUAAUGAAACUACCAAUGCCAUUAAAUCCGUGGGGUUCAAGAGUUUCCCUAAAAACUUGAUUGUUAAUAUUAAUAGAAUUAAGUUGGAAAAUUGGGUACCAAUAAAGAUUAAUGUUCCAGUAAACAUCCCCGAAAAAAUCGAUUUAAGUGAUUUCAGAGUUGAACUUGAUGAAAAUUUUGAAUACAAAAAGGAAGAGAAAUCACAAUUCACUGCUAAUGAAGAUAUCAAGAAUAAUUUGAUGCAGAUGGGAUUCCCUGAAAAUAGAUGUAUCAAAGCUUUGUAUAAAACCGGUAAUAAUACUUUAGAUGAAGCUAUGAAUUGGUUAUUUAGUCAUAUGGAAGAUGCUGACAUUGAUGAACCUUUAGUGAUCGAAGAAACCAAAUCUGAAGUAUCUGAAGAAUUGAUUAAUAACGUCAUGGCCAUGGGUUUCGAUCACAAAUUGAGUAAGAAAGCUCUUAUUUUGAAUAACUCCGACCCUAAUGCUGCUGUUGAAUGGUUAUUCAAUAAUCCCAAUGACGAUGGAGAAUUGGAUACUCAACCAUCUAAGGUUGAUUUGGCAGAGGAAAAACCUAAAUUGAUAGAAGAACUUACUAAUUCAACAAUCAGUCCACAUUAUAAGUUGAAGUCUAUUAUUUGUCAUAAAGGUACCUCUCCACAUACCGGUCAUUAUGUGAUCUUUAUCAAAAAAGUCAUUGACGGUGAAGAAAAAUGGGUUUUAUUUAAUGAUGAAAAGGUUGUUGAAUGUGAUGAGUCCAACAUUGAAGAUAUGAAAACUAAUGGGUACAUCUACAUAUUUGAAAGUGUAUAA